ACAAAACAAACCAGAGGAAGACGGCGUGGAUUGAGAAGAAAUGACAUUAAGUUUUCCUAAAGACGGAUCAAAUUGGAAUUACAACCUUUUUUGUACUAGUAUAUGGGUAGCUUAACGACAACAGUCAAGUGAGGAGGACAACUCAGCCACACUUAAAUGUGCUGCUAAAGCCUCCAUAUUGAAAACAAGAACUCUUUUUUUUUUUAUGCUUAAAAUCAAAUUUCCUCCAGAGAUUGACGAAAAGAUAGGGCGACUGAGACAGGGGAGGUGGCAGAAAAGUUUCCGUCAAGGAACUGAAGAUCUGUGCUCUGCAAUGCCUCUGCCCAGCAUUAGCGGAAUGGAUACUCCCUUUGGGGAUGCCUAUCAAAACUGCUCUUUUACUGACCAGGCACUGACCAGCACAGACAUGUUGGCUAACAGUUCUGACCCAGAUUUCAUGUAUGAACUGGAUCGGGACAUGACUUGUCGCCAGAGCCCUAGAGGAGAUAUUUUCACAGUCGGAGACUGCAAAGACUUGGACUGCAUGGAUCAUCUACCUGAGCUGGUAGACAACGACCCUGCUUAUUGCUCAAACUUUGAGCAGUGGGACACAUACUGGGAGGACUUGACUAAAUACACUCGCCUCACCAGUUGUGAUAUCUGGGGCACCAAGGAAGUUGAUUUCUUGGGCCUUGAUGACUUUUCCAGCCCUUACCAAGACGAGGAGGUGAUAGGUCGGACACCGACCCUGGCCCAGCUCAACAGUGAGGACUCGCAGCCAGUUUGUGACACUCUUUACCAUCCGGACUUGCUGGUGGGUCAAAAGCAGCUUUUGUUUCCACCUCCCACCGUGGCCAAGAAGACCAACAAACUCAGCAGCUCUGCAACCAGCGCCUCAUCGAGUCGCAACCCUCUGCCGGACUUCCCAGAGGGAUCCCAGAAAGCUACCUGGCCUGUUCCCUCCAGCACUGACACAAUGGCCAAGGCCCAGCUUCAGGGCUCUAGCAAAGCCUCGCCCGCACUUCUGGACAACAUGGAUUACGUGCGCAAAGCCAAGGUUCGCAUCAGCGUACCACGAAAGCCUAUAGUAGAGAGCUCCACCCAAAUUAGCGUUUCUGCCUCUCCUCUUAUCCAGGAGCAUGAGUCGUCAGCUUCGCAGGUCAGCGAGGACCCAGCCGUCGUCGCUGCUAACACGGCAUCCUCCAUUAACUGCGAAAAGAGAGUGGAGACUCCUAAACGAGAGGUACCGACUUGUCCUGGUCCAGAAAUAGGGACCCUGAGGACGGUGCCACACAAACUGCACUUCCCUGCAGCUGCCGGCAGUGAAACCUUGCUCACCGUGAGUGCCCUUGGAUCCGACACGUCUGCCGCUGACAAAAAGAAGGAGGAAGAGCACAACUACUCGUUAUUCUUAACCAGGGCCAAGCUGGCAGGGAAGGCGACUGCUGACAUGGAAGAGGAGGAAGAAGAGGAGGAAGAAGAGGAAGAAGAGGAGGAGGCAGAGGGAUUGGAUCUAGAUGAUGAAGACCAUGAUGAAGGGUUUGGCAGUGAACAUGAGCUCUCGGAGAAUGAAGAGGAAGAGGAAGAGGAGGAGGAGGAGGAGGAGGAUGAUGAGGACUAUGAGGGCGACAAAGACGACUACGUUAGUGAUGCAUUCUCAGAGCCAGGAUGUGACACUGAUAUGGGUGAUGAUGUCAAAGGCCUGACGGCUGGAAUUUCCAGGAAGAGGGGAAAGCGUCGAUACUUUUGGGAGUAUAGCGAGCAGCUCAUCCCAUCCAAACAGGAGCGCAUGCUGAAACCCUCCGAAUGGGACAGAGACACGCUUCCCAGCAACAUGUACCAAAAGAAUGGCCUGCACCAUGGAAAAUACACAAUGAAGAAGUCACGGCGGACGGAUGUGGAAGAUCUUACUCCAAACCCUCGAAAGCUGCUUCAGAUUGGCAAUGAACUCCGGAAACUCAAUAAAGUCAUUAGUGACCUGACGCCGGUUAGUGAGUUACCCCUAACCGCUCGGCCUCGGUCUCGAAAGGAGAAGAACAAGCUUGCAUCCAGGGCCUGCAGGCUGAAAAAGAAAGCGCAGUAUGAAGCCAACAAAGUCAAGUUAUGGGGCCUUGGAACUGAAUAUGAUCGUUUGCUGUUUGUGAUCAAUGCAAUCAAAGAAGAGAUCGUCAGCAGAGUACAGGAUAUCUCGCAUGACAAAGGAACAAGCAUGACAGAGAAGCUGGAUAAACUCAUUGAGGAUACCUUAGUGCAGCCACCAGUGGCCGGCCAGACUUCAGACUUUGUGAAUCAGAUCCUGGAGAGCACUGGGAAAGGAGAUCCCACCGGAGGGCUGGUGGGGUUGCGUGUGCCCACGUCGAAGGUGUAGAGUCACGCCGACUGGCACCUCGGAGCCAUCCACGCCAUUCUUGUCCCACACUGUAACGGCCCAACACUCUGCAUGCCCAUUUCACUUGGAGACGCAUCCUCACAUUUAAAGUGAAUACACGCAUACGAUACCCGCUUGUCCGUGCAUACGUAUGUGUAUAUUCACCUUGUGCGCACCAGUGGAAAUGAAACUAGUAGUUAACCUUUGCACUCAGUAGUCCGUUUCCUACCAUGUGUGCAUGUGGCUGGUAUCGAUCAACAGGCUGCCAUGUUGCAAAUAUUAAAAGCCAAUAUAUGAGAUACCUCCACCAAAUGAGAAAAAGAGAGAGAAAAGAGCUAAACAAUGAGCACCAGUUCUUGCUGUAGCCAUUUUCCUCUUGCGUCCAGCUAAAUCUGUCAAAUGCCCAUUGAGAGUUUUGGGAAACAGAGGCACACUCUGCAGAGAAACUGCGAAGGCAUUAGAUCCUUUGAUUUAGUGGUCAAAAAGGUGUAAAUGCAGACUUUCCGAGUUUUUGAACACGGCGUGUACGAUUUCACCCUUGUUAGGCCUACUUUAUAGACUUACUAAUCUCUCAACUGAGGGCAUAAGUGUCCAGGAGAAUUCCUGUUCGAACCAAUUGCUUGGCGAUCAAUUGAGAAGGAACACAAAUACCGAUGUUUAACGCAAAGUUAGUGAUGUUCGGUGUAUAUAUGUAGAACAGGGAUGUUUCAAGAGAGUAGCAUGUGAGUAAGCGGGCCUCAAAGGCCCUUUCCCACAGAUUUGCGAUCGUCUCAGGUUGGUAAGAGAGAGAGAGUGUGUGAGAGUUUUUUUUUCUUCUUCUUUCUUUGACUUGAGCAGAUGGUCAGUUAAAUCCCUUAUUGUAAAUAGGCAGAUCGAUUGAUUAUUAUCCACUGGUGAAAUCUUUUCCUUUCUACACUUUGGUUGAAGUGCCCUCACGUCAAAUCACCUUUGAUGUUGUUUUGCAAAUUCUCAGCGAAAGAGGCUUAAAAAGCUGAAUCCCAGACUGGGUUUUGUUUAUAUUUGUACUUUAUACAUGUAAGAUUCAUUGUGCCUUGCAAUUGCGGAGUUGAGGAAAAAUAAAACUCAAUAGAGAGUGCAAAUGGACCAUUUUGCAGAAAGCAAGAAGUCGAAGCUCUUUAAAGAUACUCUGAAUGUACAUAGGAACAUGGAGAAUAUAGAUAUAUGCCACAGAGUCUGUGCUUUGUAUCAUAAGAUGGCUCUGGCAAAUGUACUUUUUUCGGUACUUCGUUUAAGAGGGGAUGGGGGGGUGGGGGUGUCGUAAUAUAAGAAAUAUUCACAUAUAAAAAAACAACAAAAAAUGAUAUUUGCACACUAUAUUUUGUUUGUUUUGUUUUUUGUACCAAAGACACAUGCAACUUAAAAUGGCAACUAGCCAGUCUAAGUAAGGAAUUUGCACAGCUUACCUGACACCGUAUUGAAUGUAGGAAAAAUGGUAGGGUCAGGGAUUUCUAAUGAACUGUGAAAUUUGCUUGGGUCCAAUUCUCUGCAGAAAGAAGCGUUCAUUUGCAUCCUCAUCGAAUUUUGUACUGUUCCUUUGGUUCUCAUAUAUAUUUGUACCGCCAUUCGGUUUCCCUCCACCGAAGUUUUGUUGCGUAUUUAAAAGACGAGCUAUAAAGUUAAUGGAGAUGCUUCUAUUUUGCCCAUAGAAGAUAUUAUCACAAAACCAAAAGGUUUGCUAUUCUUCCUAUAGUUGGAGAGGAGAGUGCAUAUACAAAAAUUAUACAAGUCAUUGUCUUGUUUAGAGUUUGAAUACGCAUUAAUCCGUGCACACAUUAAGAUGCUAUGUUACUCGGCAUGAAACAUUUCUAUGCUUGACUUCUUACUCUUGAGUAUUGUUGAACGAAAAAUUUAAUUGCGUAUAUUUUUGUAGAGAUUGCCUUUAUAUUUCCUUUCUGUGCUACCCACAGAUAUCUCGGAAAAUUCGGAAAUGUUUUCGAAAGCACUUAUCUUGCUAAGGGAAUUCGGAUGAUCCUUUGCAAAUUGUUUAACGAUAGAUUGUCUGUAUUUAACACAAUCUUAUGUAUAACUUAUAUAUAUACAUCAUCGGCUGUAACAAUCUCACAAUAAAAAAGUCCAGGUUGUUUUUAACCCCAGAAAUCGAAAAGAAGAAAAAAUUAUAAAUUAUAUUUUGCAUAAAACGAAGCCUAUAAAAAAUGCACUUUACGCUCAAAUUCUCAAUACCGUAGUUCAAACCAUUCAAAACCGCAUUACCAUGAUGUAUACUUACAAUUGUACUUUACGAUUACGUGACAUAAAUGAGAAUGACUUCAAUGAGAAUUGAAGAGGAAAUGUGCAUUACUGUGAUGAAAAUAAUGUAAUAAAAACUUAAAUAGUCCUAAAAUUAGGCUUCAUUUUCAUUAUGGAAAAUACAAGUUCUUAUUUGAGUUGUGACCUAGACCGUUUUCUCCACAAUCUCAAGCUGCUGCGAAUUUGUUCCUUCUGCUUGCUAAAGGCCUUUUAAAAGUGACUUUAUUCUUGAUGCUGAAGCUUGUGGAGAAGGUUGUUUCUCAAAUAUCAUUUUGAUCAAAUAAGGGAGAAUAUUGUUUCCUUUACAAUCUAAACUAAGAGUUUUGUAAAGCUAUUUUUCUUUGCUUUUAGUAGCAUAGUAAAGAUUCUGUAUACCGUCCAUUAUGUGUUGUAACUUCUUUUUUUAGAAGAUAUAUAGAAAAUAUAUAUAGUAUAUUAUAUAUCUAUAAAUGUAUAGUAAGUUCUAUAUUACAUGUAAGAAAGCAAAAGCACUUUGUCUAGACAAAAAGAAAAAAACAAAAAAGCGUUCCCCCUCAUAUUUGCUGCUAAACCGACCUCGUUUGAAUGCUGCGGUGUGUACUUGACUUUUGCCAUCUUGACCAGGGCAGUGUGACAGAGAGGUCUUGAGCGGAGACAGACAUUCGUGGUGAGGACUCUGACGUCACAACCUUCGUUUGCCUUCAGUAGACAUUUCCUAUGGAAAAAUACAAAUUCUGCUUUGGAUUUUUCUUCAGGUCGAUGUACAGUGUUGACACAUUCUCUCUGGCCAGAGAUGGGUAUCGUUGUCGUGGAUUUUUUAACGUAAUUUUUUUACUUACUGGGGGAAAUCGGAGUUAUUUGAAAAAGUAGCUCAGAAAAAAUAAAUAAUAAUAUAUAAAUAUCACUGUACUGUAAGGCAGUUCCAUUUGCCAUGGGGAAUCAAUUGGACUAUGUUUUUUUUUAAAGUUUUUUUUAUUUUCGUCUUUAAGAACCCAUCCAUUCUCAAAAGACAGCAAAGCCAUUUGUUAUGGCGACAAAGACCGGCUUUUCUUGUGCCAUCUACAGCUCAAAGCUUCUCAGAGUGGCAUUAGCUCAAAAUGGUAAUGAUUGUCCUGUAAAAUAAGCUUGAUGGCGAGUGACAAUGAGCAUACGGAGAUGGAAAUGCAUGUUGUCCUUCCGUCGACGGCGUGCUGUUUUGAGAGCGUUUGGUAGUUAUCGUAGUGUGCUGUCGCAAGCUCUCACAUUCAACAUGAUGUUGUGAGCUGUGCAGUUUAGUGUUUUAACCAGGGGACUCUGUGGCAUUCAAACAGUUAAGGAAAAGAAAAAGCCAGUAUUUUAUCUUUCUUUCUUUUCUUUCUUUUUUUUUUAUAUAAAGAAAGAUAUUUAAAGAACACAUACACAUGUAUAAACACGCACACAUUUGUAUAUGUGUGUUUGUUUUGCUUCAUAGUGUGAUUCGAUAUUAACAUUCAUAAUGGGCUGUCACGUAAGAAUUAAUUGUGAUUAUUUUAUAAUUAUUUCUGCCUUCAAAAACACAGAUAUAUGCAUCGAAAACAAAAAAAUACCAGUUCACAAAAAGUAAAUAUAAUUCAUUAUUUAUACCACAUUUAAUAUAUUUUGCAUUUAUUUAGCAUCAUAUUGCUUUUUCAAAGGGAAAUAUUGUAGCUUUCUGUUUCUGAACAAUUUGCGUGGUCUUUUAGUUUGCUUUUGUUUUUUUUUGAAUCACCCAUACCUUGAGAUGCUGAAAAUAUCCUGAAAAAAAAAGACUAAGCUAGCUAUUACAUCCAUUCUUUGAUUGAUUGAUUGUUUUUAUUGUCUGCAUAUUGUUGAUGAUUCAAUAAUUUUGGAUGCAAAGCUGCUAAAUCAUGUUUCUAAAAUUGUAUAGAGAAUCAAAGAUCAUUCCCUGUUACAUUCAAGUUACGAGCAAUGAUUUUUAUAUUGUAAACUAUUAUUUAUCGAGAGAUGGAUCUUAUGCCACUAUCUUUAUACCGCGGAUUCAUCAAACACAGUUCGAUCUCAAUGGAUAACUCGCUUUGAAUCCUUCUAAAAUGGCUACAGUAUAUACUCAAGAGCAUUCAAACAAGCAUUUACACCUUUCCAAUGGUUUGUGUAGAUAUGUGUUUGCUAUAUACAAGAAAGAUUACUCUUAUUGGUGCACUAUGCAGGUUUCACUCUGUAGAAAGACAGGAUGUUGCUUUAGUUUACAGCACGUGAAUUUUU